GGCUGUUCCCACUCAGAUUUUUUUGUUGUUGUUGUUGUUUUGGUUUUUUGUUUCCCCUUCCUUGUAUGAGAUCACUCCCAGCUGUAAUGCCUGUGCUGUGUGUAAUUAAAAACUGCUCAUGCCAGAUUGGAGCAAGUAGUGCUGCUCUGGGCUAGAAUUACUUUUGGCACAGGUGGCUCUGAAAGCCAGAGACACCACUUGCAAGUUAAGGACACGGCUGCAGAUGGCUUCAGCUUCUGUGGCUUGAAGACUUACCUUGCAACAACUGGGGUCUUCUCCCCAGUCCUGAAGGUGCCAUGGAGCUGAUAUCCACGUGAAGGGAAACCUCCCAUGAGACUGUUCCACAAAUAAUUGAAGCUGCUGCUUUUGCCCAGGCUGGUGCCAGAGCCUUUGGAGAACACAGGAACCGCGAGAACUUCCUGACGUGCCUCGUACAGAUUAACAGCUUGAUUGUUUUCCUUAUGUUCUGCAGCAUAAAGACAUUCUCCACGAAUCUUCUGUAUUACCAGAUUAAGAUGUUCUCUUGGACAGAUGCAUACGAUGUUCCAUUGGCAAGCUACAAUAAUGGGACCAAAUGACAGUCCCUAUCAAGGUGGAGUAUUUUUCUUGACAAUUCACUUCCCAACAGAUUAUCCCUUCAAACCACCUAAGGUUGCAUUUACAACAAGAAUCUAUCAUCCAAAUAUUAACAGUAAUGGCAGCAUUUGUCUUGAUAUUCUACGAUCACAGUGGUCCCCAGCACUAACUAUUUCAAAAGUACUUUUGUCCAUCUGUUCUCUGUUGUGUGAUCCCAAUCCAGAUGAUCCUUUAGUGCCUGAGAUUGCACGGAUCUACAAAACAGAUAGAGAAAAGUACAACAGAAUAGCUCGGGAAUGGACUCAGAAGUAUGCGAUGUAAUUAAAGAAAUUAUUGGAUAACCUCUACAAAUAAAGAUAGGGGAACUCUGAAAGAGAAAGUCCUUUUGAUUUCCAUUUGACUGCUUUCUAUGAGCCCACGCCUCAUCUUCCCCUGUGCACAUGUUUACCUGAUACAGCAGUGCUGCGUGUUGUACAUACUUGGAACAACAAAAUAGAAAUACUGUAUUUCCCCGUACCAACAUUGACUCCUAGCAGAGAAGUGUGUGUGUGAAAAGCUGGUUCUUCAGUCAUAACUUUGUGAGCCUAAAAGCAUUCCCUGUUUGAUUUAAAUUGGGUAAUAAAAUGUGAAGGGGAGAGUUAUGGUGGAUUUCAUAUUUCUAGGGAUGGUGUUGCUGAUCCAUGAAGGCUUUUAAGUGGAAUCCUUUUAAACUCAUAACAGUUAUGAAAAGCAAGGUGAAGAACUUGAAGCUGUUUCUGUAUUCAUUUUAUUCUGAAGGACCUACACCUUAGGUAAAUGUUAUGACCAAUGAGAUAAACUGUACCCACAUCCUGUGUUUAAGGUCGAAGUUUAACCGGUCAACAUUUAAAUGGAUUGGAGCUAUUAGUGCAUCAAGUGAUGUUGAUUUGUUUCAACUCUCUCCCCUCCUUCAUACUUUUUUUGGUUUGUAUGUGGUUUCUCAGUUAAUACAUAGCUAAUAGCUCUUAUUUUUCUUAAGUUUUUUUUAACUGCUUAGGUCUUUCUGGAUGUAAGGGUGAAAAAAAAAAAAUAUCCAUUUGACAGAAAACUUGUGUAUAUUUAAAGACCCAGCCGCUCCCCUGGAGCUUGUACGUUCAAGAAUGAUUAAUCUGUGUAAUAAACUGAUUACUACAGUCAUUACAUAUAACUUUGUGUGAAUAGGCUUUUAAUUUUGAGAGCAGUUUGUUACAGGCUAAAACUAAUGGUGGAUCUCUCCAACUUUUGCAUUGGCGACUGGUUUGCGUUUGGAAGUCAUGAAGCGGUUUGGUUUGCAUCACACCAGGCUUUUGCACCCCAACAGGACAAACAUAAGCUUAAGCACUUCCGUGAAAUCAGGAUGUGUAGUGUGCCAGGAACUUGACUGUUAAACCAAAUAAGCAGUUUACUAAAGGAGAAUCGGAGUGACAUUUUUAUGAAGCCUAACGGUAUUAUUCCCACUUGCAUGGGACCUAACACAAUGCAUAUGUACUGUAGGUAAGUGAAACCUUCUGUAACUAAAAUAAUGGAUGUAAAAGGGUAAAAAAAAAAAAAAAGGAAAAAACCUAC